CGGCAGUCGAACCUAUAAGAGUCCUUUUUCUUCUUAUAGUGUCAUUGAAUUGUACGAGAUCUGUAUUAUUGGAGAAGUUGUGCUCACUCCGCUGCAAUGGUGCAAAAUCAGGCCGGUGGUAAGAAGAGGCGCCGCGAGCCAGCCAACGUUGAUACCAAGUUGGUAGAGAUAUACGAGGAUCUCGCCAACGAGAAGGAUGAGAUCAGAUUGAAAGCUGCGCAGGCGUUGGUAUCACAGUUCACACCCGACAAGAACCCCACGGAUGAACAAAUCAAAAAGGUUUUGGAGAGGCUCUUCCGUGGCCUCUGUAGUAGCCGAAAAGCUGCGCGCAUUGGCUUUUCUAUCGCUUUGACCGAGAUUCUUUCUCAAGUCCUUUCUAGCCCCCGUGACUCGCCAGAAAUUGAUAUUCCUAGAGUGAUUAGGUUCUGGGAGGCACAGUCUAGCGCCUCGGGAAGCGAGUCGGGUCAGGAACAAAGAGAUCAUCACUUUGGACGUCUGUUUGGAGCAGAGGCUAUCAUCAAGUCGUCCAUUCUUUUCAAGCCUAAGGCGCCAUUCUCAGAAUGGACCAAGCUGCUAGAUCUGGUCUUUGACCUGGCCAAGAAGAAGCCGUGGAUCCGGGAAGAAUGUGGCUGGAUUAUCUACCGCUGUAUCUAUGAAUUGUCUGCCCAGAAAGCAGACGCAAAGUUUGUGGAAUCCGCUCUGGAGCGCUUGUGCUCGAAUGAGCUGGCACGGACGCCAGAGGGAGUUGCUAUUUGGCUAGCAGCCAAUGAAUUGUUCCCUAAAGUUACACUUCCCAGUAAAGUCUGGAAGCAUGAUGAUCCACUGGACACCAAGGAAAGGAAUCAACUGGCCAAAGUUAUGAAAGAAUCAUCGGCCUCAGAGACCGAGGGUGAAAACCAGGGCAACAACCCCAAGCAGUCGGGGGUGUGGAAUUCAAAGCUUCACUUUGCUUGGGACGCCGUGUUGUCUAGGCUCGGUGAAGCCUCCGCAAAGUGGAGUAAAUCGAAGACCUCUCGGAUUAGUUUCAUUGAUUUCUGGACUGAGGUCGUCGACAAUGGUCUCUUUGCUGCUUCAUCAUCAGAAGAGCGCAAGUACUGGGGAUUCCUUCUCUUCAAUAAAGUGCUCAAUGAGACUCCCUUGCCACUGGCUUCUCUUGUAUUCACAAAGAACCUUGUGAGGUGCCUUACAAACCAACUCGCCGUUGAAGACCGCUACCUUCACCGGAUGGCGGUCAAGGCCGCAAAGACUAUCCAGGCACGUGUGUCAAAAGACCCCGAGUUUGCUGCAGCCUCUAUCAAGGGUUUGAUGGGCUCAGCGGGCUCAGUAAACUUUGACCAGGCCACCAAGACGAAAACGGUAGAGAAGAUCGUGGUCGAGGCCAAUCUGGAUGCACUGAAACAGAUCGUGCCCCUCUUCGAAAAACUCAUUACAUGCCCGGGAACAAGCGACAGCAAGGCUGCUGCAUCAAGCCGCCAAUUCCUUGCUGGUUUGCUCCUAUCGAUUGUUAGGUCUCGGGCCUCCGCUAACGACGAGGCCCAAGAUGGUAUCUAUGAUGUGCUUGAACACAUCCUGUUCACUUUUGUGCGGUUUGCCUACUUUGUGGAGAAGGACGGUGAAAGCCAUGGCCAGGCUGCUGCUGAGCCAGCCCUAACUGAACAGACCCAAGAGCUUUUCCGGAGCAGGAUUAACUCAUGUUUGAAUAGUCUGAUCGCCAACCAAAAGUACGCAACUGAGCUUCCCUAUGCAGUAGUCCGCAAGAUUCGCGAUGCGGCCAAGUCGGAGGAGUAUGGAAAGUUCAUCAUUGCUAUGGAUGAUACUCUACAGGACUCAGUGAAAAGCGCGUUCAAGUCGCUGAAGAAAUUGUCAAGCACGGAGAAGAAGGGUGACUCUGCUAGCGUUGAUGCAUUCAAGCUUCUUUAUUCUAUGACUAUCCUUCAGGUAUACAACGGUGAUGCUGAUGCCGUUUCUAUGCUCGACGAACUUGAUUUCUGCUUCUCAAAGAUAUUCGCAGACAAGAAGUCUAAGAAGGAAGAGACAGCCGAUGCAUCUGAUGCGCUGGUGGAGAUUCUUUUGAGUUUCGCGUCAAAGCCUUCCCAGCUCUUCCGUCGCAUGAGUGAACAAGUUUUCGGUGCUUUCGCUGAUAAGAUUUCCGAGAAUGGUUUAGAUUCUUUGAUCUCUAUCUUAGAAGCGAAAGAAAGUCUUGCGGGUCAGCAAGAAAUGUUCGAACAGCAGGAUGGGGAAGGAGAUGAAAACGGAGACGAAGACAUGAUGGACGUUGAUGAAGAAGACAGUGAUGUUGAGGUCAUUGAGGCAGGAGGCUCGGGCAACGAUGACAGUGAAGACGACGAUGAGGAAUCCGAAGAGGAAGACGAAGACGGAAACGACGACGAAGAAGCCAUCUUCGAAGCCAAGCUCGCCGAAGCUCUCGGAACGCACCGUGCAGACCAAGACCUGGACGAGAACUCCGAAGACUCCGACGCCGAUAUGAACGACGACGAGAUGGAACAGGUAGACCAACAGCUCGCCAAGGUGUUCCAGGCGCGCCGGGAUGCUCUUAACCAAAAGAAGGACAAGAAAGGCGCCAAGGAGAACAUGGUCAACUUCAAGAACCGGGUUCUCGAUCUCCUCGAAAUCUACGUGAAGAAAUGCCAUUCGAAACUCUUAGCUCUUGACCUGCUCCUCCCUCUUCUGCGUCUUACUCGCAAGUCCACCGUCAAGCAGAUCUCCAACAGGGCGAACUCCGUGCUGCGCGAUUACACUAGACUGUGCAAGGGAUCUGCUCUGCCCAAGCUGGAGUCUGUCGAGCCCGUCUGGGAGCUUCUAAACUCGAUCCACAAGGAGGCCCACCACAGUGGUCCGCCUUCCCACGCCUCGGCUUGCAGCCAGGCAAGUCUUCUCGUGGUCAAGGUUCUAGUAGCACACGAUAAGGAAACCAUCUCGGGCAUUGUGGACAUCUACGCUGACACCCGGAAGCAGCAGUUCCUCAGCAAAAAAUGCCACGUCCAGCCCUCUUUCUUCACGGAGUGGAACAACUGGUGUGUCUCCGCCAGCAAGCAAAUGAAGAACUGAACAGGCUGCAGAACCUACCACUUCCCAAGCGCAUGAAUCUCGUACAUAGACUACUCUAAUCCAAAAUAGCAA